GAGAGAGGAGCGCUGUUGUUCCUGCUCUCACACUGUCUCAGUCCGGCAGUGAUUGAGGCAGCGCAGGGCUGCCGCUGCUGCUGCGUUUCGCUCCAACCGCUGUCCCGUCACUUAGAAACUUUUACAAAACUUUUUUGAAAUCAUUAAAACUCUUGUUUUUCUCGGGGCGGCUGUGCUGUUUGUAUGUGCGCAGGAUAUUAGCGACAGACAAGGGAGGCUGAAGUGUCAUCGCGGAAAAGAAUGGAGAGGCACAAAGUGCUGGACCAGAUCCUGAUGGAGCUUCACCGUUUCCUGCUCAUUCUGGACAGGGAAACACUGACUGGAAGUGCAACCGCCCAGAAAGGCCUGCUGUCUGAUCUCCUCCAGUCCUACAAAGCCUCCAACGGUGGUGAUGAGGAGUACAUCUACAUGAACAAAGUGACUGUAGGAGGAAAGGACAAAGAUAGCAAAGAUAACAAAUCAAAUCUUCAGCACAAUGGGAAAGCAGCGAAAUGCAGUCCCGUCCCACAGAAGAAGCUUCCUGACCUGCCGCCGCCCAGAUCAAUAAGUGGAGGAGUGGUGGGCCGUGAGCCGUUCCCUCUCCCAGGGGUUCCUGCUCCAGCCAGAAUAGACCUUUCGGAGAGUUACUACGAGGAGGCACAGCCGUACGAGGAGACAGUCAAUGAUGACGGCGAGGCUGUCAGCAGCUCGUAUGAGUCUUACGACGAGGAGGAAGUGAGCAGAGGGAAGUCAGCGCAGCACCAGUGGCCGUCGGCAGAGGCCUCCAUCGAGCUGAUGAAGGACGCUCGGAUCUGCGCCUUCCUGUGGAGGAAGAAGUGGCUCGGCCAGUGGGCGAAACAGCUGUGUGUCAUCAAGGAGCAUCGCCUGAUGUGCUACAAGAGCUCCAAGGAGCAGACCCCCCUGCUGGACGUGAGCCUGCUGGGCUGCACGGUGGUCUACAAAGAAAAGCAACCCAAGAAGAAGGAGCACAAGCUGAAGAUCACCCCGGUCGGAGGGGAGGCCAUAGUGCUGGGCCUUCAGAGCAAGGAGCAGACGGAGCAGUGGCUGAAGGUGAUUCAGGAAAUCAGUCCCAAGCCGGCUGAGAACUUCGACUCCGGGACGGACUCCCCGAGGCUUAUCUGUAGCAAGGGAGAGUUGAGCGAGAGACACUCGGUGGCGUCCGAGAGUGGCAGCAGCACCGACAGCCAUGUUGAAAGCCCUGACACCCGAGAUGUGAAGAAAAAAUAUGGCGCAGGCUUAAAAUUCAGCAACCUCAUGAACAUCGGCAAGAAAAAACCUUCUUCACUGGAAACUCCUGAGAAAGGUUUCGACACUUCAGGCUACCUCAACGUACUGGUGAACAGCCAGUGGCGAACCUGCUGGUGUCUCCUGAAGAACGGUCAGCUGUGGUUCUACCAGGACAAGAACAAGAACAAAGUGAGCCAGCCGGCGGUGACGCUGGAGGGCUGCAGCGUUCUGCCGGACCCCAGCCCUGAGCACCUGUACUCCUUCAGGAUCGACAUGGACGGCACGCAGGUUGCAGCACUGGAGGCCAAGACCUCAGCAGACAUGGGUCACUGGCUCGGCCUCUUGCUCUCACAAACUGGCACAAAAACCGACCCGGAGGAGCUGACGUACGACUACGUCAACGCAGAGAGGAUUUCCACCAUCGUGAAUGCUGCCAAGACUUCCUUAUAUUUGAUGCAGAGGAGAUACUCGGAGCCAAACACCUACAUAGACACUGAGCCCUGCGUCACUCAAAAUGCAGACGAACUGUACGAUGACGUGGCCUCACUAGCUGAUCCAGAGGAUGCUGAAGAAAGCAGUCCACCAAGCACCGAGGACAAGAGCCAUCAGGACCAGAGUGAAGCCAAAGAACCGGUUAAGACGGAGCAGGAAACAGAUAGCAGGAUUUAUUUGGACCUGGUUCCUGUCCGCUCUUUUCUCCACACGUCCGGCGGCUCUAAAGUCUCACCGUGCAAAGACACAGUAGUCCAAGAGGAGGAAAAGAAAGAGCUCUUGUGUCAAGAUGAAGAGGUCAGCUUCACCAACUCAUCUGAGGCAGAGACGACGCCCACACCAAACGGGACGAGUUCAACUUCUGCAGUGAACGACCAGGAACACCUGUCUCAGAGUCCCACACAGUUACCGUCCCAAACAGAGCCAGUCAAAGCCAGUCCUCCAGGCCAGGAGACACCCAAGAAGACAAGUGUGGAGAUCCCACAGGCCUUCAGCCCCUGUGGGGGACAGAAGGGACCCACAGGUGGUUCCACGGCUGCUGGGUUCUCCCGCAGUCCCCAGCCACUGCGGCCCAAGGCCCAUACCUUAGGUUGUACUGGUGCAGUUGAGGUGAAACUGGGUAAAAACCGCACGGAAGCAGACCUGCGGCGCUACAUUGACGAGCGGGACCGCUUAGAGAAGGAGAGGGAGGAGGUGCGGAGCAGCCUGGCAAACCUGAAGAAGGAGAAGAGGGAGGCCAAGGAGGAGCUGAGUGCCUGCCAAGACCCCAAGCAGCAGGCCGCGCUGGAGGCCUGUCUGAAGCAGAAGGAGGAGGCCUGCAAAGAGGCCGAGCACCGCAGGGUGGAGGUGGAGCUCCGCCUGGUGGAGGUGAAGGAAAGUCUGAAGAAGGUGGAGUCAGGGCCGUUCACACUGGGCACCACAUUGGACAGCAGCCUUCAAGACACACCCACGACUAAAACCGCAUCUCUGCCUACUCCCCAAACAUCGUCAUCAUUUCUAUCGUCACCAUCGCCGUCAUCAUCAUCGUCUUCGUCGUCCCAGAACUCGUGCAGCAACCACAGUGCCGAUCCAGCCUCGCCGGUUAACUCUGCCUCGGCGCUAAAGAGCAGACCGACCUCAAUGAUGAGCACCAAGGGCAACGUCCUUCAGAAAGCCAAGGAAUGGGAGAAGAAAUCAUCCACUUAGGAGAAGGAAACCUUUGGUCCUCAAUGUCCUGCCAAGUUUGAACGGUCAACAUCCCUCCCCCUGCCUCCUCCGGAUCUUUCAUCUUCACCACCUUCUUGCCAAAGUCUACGAGGGGGAGAACAUAGCAGCAGGGCACAAGCUGUGUUUCCAAAUACCACUGGAUCAUAUUGGAUUUAAUGACUUUGAAAGUUCUAGUAUGUUCUUUAAUUGCUUGAAGGAGGAAUUUGAAGUAGCGUUUUGGCCAGUCUAACAAUUGUUCUUUAUCAUGCCAAAUAUGUGAACCCACUGCGGUGGGAGACCUGCGUACAGAAGCCCCUUUACUUUAAUGGCCUAUUUGUACACUUCUUGUAGCUUGGUUCAUAUAUGCUGGUAGCCAAGAUGUAAAUAUAUUUACACCAUUACUUGGCCUUUUGGCUUGUAUUGCUAGCUAGACAUGCACUUUUUAUUCAAAUAAAAAUGUUAGAAAAAA